AUGUUAACCAAUGAUUUUGGAAACCCUUUUCUGACACGUUCUCUCCUGCAAAUUCGGAGCAAGUUGGGGAUACCAUUCCUAGCUCUGCAAAACGAAUUGGAUGGGUUUGCUCUGAGCUUGCAUACAGGAAAAGCCCAUCUCCCCCACAUGUCGCAUCUAUCUCAACCCACGCACCAGCUACACCCGCACCAACAGCCACAUCUCCCUCCCCAUCACCCUAAUCCCAACACCCACUCGCUGCAAUAUCUUCAUCCAUCUCACUAUAAUUUGCACCCUUCACACUAUCCAAGCAUGUAUGCUGGGGCCGCUGUCGCCGCUGCCGCUGCCGCUGCAGCCAUCGAACAAAGUAUUCCUUUUUCGCGUCAUGUGAUGGCCGUCACCCCGUCCUUUACCAAGGCUUUCUUUCCCCAGGCUCUGUCUAUGAAAAAUCCAGAAACGGUUGGAAUCGGAACACUCGGAGUCGGUUUCCAUAGAGAAAACGACAAAAAUAAUAACAACGAAAAUAACAAUAACAAAGGCGUCAAUGAACGCCGUCAUAUUGGGCGCCAUUCAACAAAUAGUCGCACUGUGGAAGAUAAAUUGUCGUUACUUAAUGAUAAGGGGAUCACAAGAAGCAUGAUUAACCAUUCGGUAAACACGACCACAGAUGCACUUGCCGAUGCUGAAAAUAACAAAAACAACAGUAGUAAUAAUCAUAAUAUACGGUUACUUGGCAGCGUGGGACCGGCACAUGACUCAAAUCUAAUGUUUUAUCAGGGCCAGGAGAAAAGUGAAAGAGGACGUAAAAUCUUUCUGUGCCCUCAGUGUCACUAUGUAACUGACCGCAAAAAUAACCUGAAGAGACACAUCAUCACCAUGCAUCAAGACUGCCCAAAGAUCCUUGAAUGCUGUGGUGUAAUGUUCCGUAGUAAAGCAAUGCUUCGGGAACACGUCAGCCUGUUUCAUAGCAGCGGCUACCGAUGUCGGGUUUGUGGCCGCAAUUUUUGUCGCAAGGCCUUGCUUCGACGUCACUUGUCUGUACACAGUGGUCAGAAGGACUUCAUUUGUCCACUCUGUAGCUACGCCACAAGCCACAAGAGUAACUUAGAGAGACAUCAGAAGGUACACAACAAAAAGAGCACUCUAGGCGGGAUUGGGAUAAGCAACUCGGGGAUGAAAGGACUUAGCGAAGAGCUUUCAAAAGUGUCUGUCGUGACUGAAAUGCCCGAGAACUCUUUUGAUCACAAUUCCCCAACGUCUCAAGUGUGUACGCCGACUGUUGAUACUUAUCUUUAUCGAUCACCCCCAAUCGAAACAGCGAUCGGUAUCCCAAGAAUUAAGAAGUUCCUCUUACCGGAUAGGUUGAAUCAAACCUACACGGACACGAGAAGCCAAAGCAUCGGCUCUGACACAAUGGAAGGUGACAAGAAUAUCACUUUACAAGUAAUGAAUGAUCAAAAAGACAGUGAGAGGAGUGAUGAGAAUUAUCGCUACCGUCAUGUAUAUAACAGCAGCGACAGCAGUAGUAAUGAUAAUAACCAUCAUCUUUAUACUCAUCAUCAUCAUCAUCAUCAUCAUCAUCGUAUCAACACAACAGUGACAUCAUUGGAAGUGGCAAACAACCACGAAUCAGCAUCACCAGGAAAAAUUAUCAAACGGAAACCCCCGAGAAUUUUUAUGACGUCAUACAAGUGCAUCGAUUGCCGUAAAGUUUUUUCUCAUCAAAGCCUUCUUAAUUCGCAUUCUUGUCUUAAUGACCGACCGAACGGCGAAGGUUAUUUGUCCAUUGUUCGACCUCUGACCAAAAAGCAGCCUGUCAAGCAAAUUAUGACAUUAGCCAGUCAAGGGCCGACAACUUCCACAGCCGUUGUGGUAGUGAGCACCAGCGUUAAUAACUGGUGUGAAUCAAUCAAUCGAUAUCCUACCUCUUCAGUUCGUUCACAACCACAGAUACUGAAUGGAAACAUCGGGGCCCUGACAGAAGAGAAGAUGGCGAUGUUUUCACCUAAAGACUCUUACUUUGGUUAUUCUCCGACACUAUAUCAUAAUACGUGUGAAAGAACCUCAUUAAAUUUGAAAAGUGAUGAGAGCGUGGAAGAUAAUUAUGGUUUAGUUCCAAAGAACACGUCAAAAGAAGAUUUCUUCAUGAAUGUAAGCAAUGAUAAUGAUGAUGAUACGAUCGAGGAAUCUCAUCAGAAUGAUGACAAUUCCGCUGUUGAUGAUGAACAUAUUCAAGUGAAUUCAAAAUGCAUUGCCGUAGAAUGUUUGAAAAUGAAUAUUAUGGAACAAAUUGAUCGAAGGAAGCAAGGCAAAUGCAAUGCACAUCCCGGAUGGCCACAGCAAAAAGAUGGUGAGAAUACUGAUUGUAAAAUGAAAGAGCAACGGGAUGUUGAGAGUAAAUUGCAAGGAUAUUUAAAGCGAAAUGGAAAAGAAGAGACGGCAAUGACGAUGAAAGAACAUUUAGAUGAUAUAGAAUUGACUAAGGAUGUAAAAGUAGAGGUUGACCUCAUCGACAAUGGUAUUGGUGACAACGAUUAUAAUGAAUUGGAAGAAGACCAGAUGCCGCUUCCAUUUAAAAAGAGACCGGUCAAAGAAAACAACAGAAAAAUAGAUGAAAUGGUAGAGGCUUAG